CGUUUUCUCUCGAUCGUUCGUUCGUUCAAGCUACUCUCAAGAUGGGUGGAAGUGCGAUAAGUGAUGAUUGGGAAUUCACUACAACUGGAGCUCGGACACUGGUUCUGGUUGGAUGUACAGGUAAUGGUAAAAGUGCCACAGGGAAUAGCAUUGUUGGAAGAAAGGCAUUCAAGUCAAUGUCUAGCUCAGCUGGUGUAACAAGUACUUGUGAACUACAGAGGACUGUACUAGAAGAUAACCAAAUACUGGAUGUGAUUGAUACACCAGGAUUGUUUGAUUGUUCUUCUGAACCUGAAUUUGUUGGAAACGAAAUUGUUAAAUGCAUCAAUAUGGCCAAGGAUGGGAUUCAUGCUGUUCUUGUAGUUUUAUCUGUGCGAAGUCGCUUUUCAAGAGAAGAACACGCAGCAGUGCAGAGUCUGAGGGAGUUCUUUGGGAGCAAAAUCAGUGAUUACAUGAUUUUGGUUUUCACUGGUGGGGAUGAUCUUGAAGAUAAUGAUGAAACCCUGGAUGAUUACUUAGGUCGUGACUGCCCCGAGCUUUUAAAGAAUACCCUCAAGAUGUGUGGAAAUAGGCAAGUGCUUUUCGAUAACAAGACUAAAGACCCUUUGAAGAAAGCUGAACAAUUGAAACAACUACUUUUCCUGGUAAAUGUGGUUGUAGAGAAUAAUGCUGGAAAACCAUAUACAGAUGACUUGUUCAAGGAAUUAAAGAAAGGAGCUACCAAACUUCAUAACCAGGCAACCGAGGUUAAUUUUUUGGUGGGAUAUACUAAGCAAGAGAGACUAGAGUUGAAGGAACAAAUGCAAAAGUCGUAUGAAGAGCAACUGAAGCGAAUAACUGAAGUGGUUGAGUCAAAGCUGAAGGAAACCACACAUAGGCUCGAAGAGCAACUGGCCAAAGAGCAGGCUGCUCGGUUGAAGUCUGAACUAAGUGCAAAAAAUGCACAGAAGAAAUCAGAUGAGGAGAUUCGCAAGUUGAGAGAAUAUCUGGAGAGAGCUCAAAGGGAGACAGAGGAGCUCCGAGGUCGUUCAGAUCGUGGCGCGUGUAAUAUUCUGUGAGAAAGCUAUCUAUAUGUAUAUUCUUUUGGGAAGAAUGUGCCACUAAAGUGAAUUUACUCUUUGCUUCAACUCUUUUACUCCUCUUUCCUUCAACUCUUUUACUCCUCUUUCUAUCGUAUAGAAGAGAGUAGUACAUCUUGAUAAUGUUAAAUAUUCAGUUGGGAUAUUGUCAUGACUAGUAAUCAGAAAUAGCUCAAGGUUGAAUGAUGGUAUAGGCUUUCAUUUUCUCCCAUGUUUUUGGUUCUGAUUGACUUGGUGGUUAGUGCAGUUUGUGGAGUAGUUUCUUCUGUCUUAUUGCAUGCAUAUAUCUAUGGAACUUGA